CACAGCUCAGUUCAGGUAUUUUGAGGGUCUUCAGAGCUCCCAAUUGCCUCCAAUUGCCCCCAAUGGCUCUCAGAUCCUCGCCGGCAUCGGCCUUCCCGCGCCUGAUAAGACCAACAGCCUCCCAAUCUCAAUCCUCUUCCUCUGCCAGCGGCCUCCGUCACUACUCUGCUCCUCUUGCUGGCACUGUUCCCCCGGCGAAACAGAAGUAUGUUCCUACGAGUGGCACAUAUCCUAAAGGCUUUCUCGUCUCGGGAACGUAUGUGGGAGUGAAACCGGCAAAUAAGAGCACUCCAGACCUAGCAUUUCUUGCUUCCGAAACACCAUGUGCUGCCGCCGCGGUCUUCACGAAGAACAAGUUCCAGGCAGCUCCUGUAACUGUGAGCAGAGAAAUGCUGAAGAGGAGAAAUAACAGCGGCAUUCGUUCUGUUAUUGUCAACUCUGGAUGUGCAAACGCUGUCACAGGGAAGGGUGGCAUGGAGGAUGCGGAAAAGAUGGGCAUGCAAGCCGAUAAGUGUUUCGAUGCGCCUAAUGAUGGCAAGGGAGGGAGCACAAUCGUUAUGAGCACGGGUGUCAUUGGCCAAAGAUUACCAAUCCAGAAAAUACUGAACAAGAUUCCCGCGGCCUACGAUGCGCUGGGAGCAUCGCACAACCAUUGGCUAGAUGCAGCCCGAGCAAUAUGCACGACAGACACUUUUCCAAAGCUUAUAUCCCGAACGUUCUCACUACCAUCCUCGCCAUCCAUUGAAUAUCGUAUGGCGGGCAUGACAAAGGGAGCAGGCAUGAUUCAUCCCAAUAUGGCAACCUUAUUAGGGAUGAUUGCUACAGAUGCCCCAGUAGCACCUGCCCUUCUCCAAUCACUCCUUACCAAUGCCGUGAACAAGUCAUUCAAUAGCAUCUCAAUCGAUGGCGACACCUCUACGAACGAUACAGUGGCAGUAUUGGCCAACGGUGCAGCUGGUGGAAACGAGAUAACUUCUGAAUCAUCUGAAGAUUAUGCAGCUUUCCAGAAUACUUUAACUGAACUUGCAACUGAUCUCGCCAAGCUCGUGGUCCGAGACGGUGAAGGUGCGACCAAAUUCGUUACUAUCCGUGUGACCGAGUCUCCAUCCGAGCUUGUGGCUCGAAAGAUUGCAAGCACCAUAGCGAGAUCGCCGCUUGUCAAGACUGCUUUAUAUGGAAAGGAUGCUAACUGGGGCCGUAUUCUCUGUGCUACCGGCUAUUCCUUGAUCUCCGAACCGGGUUUACCAAUCAAUAACGUUCCUGAGAUUUUGCCUGAGAAGACAAGUGUCUCUUUUAUACCUACGGAUGGGUCUCCAGAGCUGAAGCUUUUGGUCAAUGGAGAGCCUGAAACUGUAGAUGAGGUACGUGCAGCACAGAUUUUGGAGCACGAGGAUUUGGAAAUUCUUGUCAGAUUAGGAGGUGGAACGGAGGAGGCAGUUUAUUGGACUUGCGAUUACAGCCAUGAGUAUAUUACGAUUAAUGGAGACUACCGGACAUGA